CCAAUGGGUAGGCUUCUACUCUUGUUCGACAUUAUGUUCAAAACGGUGUCGGUUAACUCCGCUAUUUAGCCAGCCACGCAUAAAAGAAUGUCGCACAAACAAAUCUACUAUUCAGAUAAGUACACCGAUGAGCAUUAUGAAUACAGGCACGUUGUGUUACCCCGAGAAUUGGCAAAACAGGUGCCCAAAUCACACCUGAUGUCAGAGGACGAAUGGAGGCGACUUGGGGUGCAGCAGAGUCUUGGAUGGAUACACUAUAUGAUCCACGAACCAGAACCACACAUACUGCUGUUCAGAAGGCCCCUUCCGAAACACUGAUAUGAACUUCUGGAAUUUUCUGGGACAACCAUUGUGUAUUAAUCUGGUAUUCAGAAUGUAAUUACAGACCUACUACUGGUGAACUCUUGCGCUUGUGCUGUAUUCCUCGCAGCUACAAAGCUCAGAUUAUGAAUAAGAAAUGAAAAUCCUCCUUGUGAAUAGGGGAGGUGCCGUGUUGUGUGGAAAAGAACAUGCGUAUUCUGACUGAAGUGCCUGCCUUUCAUUUUUGAUCAAGUCCUUUUGAAUAAAAUUAAUUUUUGCAUCA